UACACUCCUCAAUCAUCUUCAUCGCUCAGCAAAUCAAAAUCAACCGAAGCCCGUAGAAGAAAACUACCACCUUCCGAACAAAACCCUAAUGCGUGUUCCCCGUUCAUUAUUAAUUAACAGCAUUGGAUUAUUAAUCUCGCCAUAAUCUCUUUCCCAAUAAUAAAUAACACAUAGAAAAAAUGGAUUCGGAUGAAGAAGAUUUUGUGUUCUACGGAACGCCCAUAGAGCGUGAAGAAGAGUUAACUAGCCGCAAAAAGAAGGCCAUUGCUGAGUCCUCUGGUCAACUUCGAACACUUCCAGCUUGGAAGCAAGAGGUUAGAGAUGAGGAAGGACGGAGAAGAUUCCAUGGUGCAUUUACUGGAGGCUAUUCGGCUGGGUACUAUAAUACAGUGGGCUCAAAGGAGGGGUGGACUCCUCAGACUUUCAGAUCCUCCAGGAAGAACAGAGCUGAGUUCAAAGAGCAGAACAUAUUAAAUUUUCUAGAUGAAGAUGAGAAAGCUGAAUUGGAUGGUCGGUUUUUGGGGACAUCUUCACAGUUUGACACAUUUGGUUUUACUGCUGCUGAAAUUGCUCGGAAACAAGCUGAGAAAGAGCAGAAGCAGAGGCCAUCUGUUAUUCCUGGACCUGCUCCUGAUGAACUAAUUCAACCAGCUACAGAGUCUAUUGGGGUAAAACUACUAUUGAAGAUGGGAUGGAGGCGUGGUCGCUCAAUUAAGGAUUCCCAUGCUGAUGCACUCUAUGAUGCCAGACGACAGGCCAGGAGAGCUUUCUUAGCAUUUUCCUCAGAUGAUCCAAAAGUCAAAACUAGUGAGUCUGAGCAGAACAAGGAUGAUGUUGAAACUUUUCUUGAGCAGUCUACUAAUGACGAUGUUCAGUCUUCUAAGAGCACACCAGUUUUUGUGCUCAACCCAAAGCAAGACCUGUAUGGCUUAGGUUUUGAUCCUUAUAAACAUGCUCCUGAGUUUAGAGAGAAAAAACGAUCACGCUUAUCCAGCAAGGGGGGUCCUGGGUAUAGCAAAAACAUGUCCACAAGGAACAGUCUUUUCAGUCUAAAGUGUAAGAUACUUAAUAUGGUAAUCCAUUAUCUAAUUGCUGAGGAUGAGGAUGUCUAUGCCACUGGUUUUGAAUUUGAAGAUACAUAUGUUCAAGAAGUUGAAGAACCUUCAACGUUGAGGUUGGAAAAUCAGAAAAAGAAGGAUCAGAAGGAUCAGAAGGACCAUGAUAAUCUACCUGGUUUUAGAGUUGCAUCCAAUACUGACUAUCAAAUGGAAAGAUUUGAGGCUCCUCCAAUUCCCAAGGAUUUUGUGCCUCGCCAUUCAUUUUCCGGGCCUCUUGAGAUUAAUCACAAGAACUAUGAUCUACCUCCUCCAGAUAUUCCACCUCCUGAGGAUAGCAACCUAAAAAUAUUGAUUGAGGGGGUUGCAAAUCUGGUUGCUAGAUGUGGUAAAUUAUAUGAGGAUAUAUCUAGAGAAAAGAAUCAGUCAAAUCCGUUGUUUAGUUUUCUCUCUGGUGGUACUGGCCAUGAUUAUUAUGCAAGGAAACUGUGGGAGGCACAACAGAAAUGCAAAGACAAAACUAAGCCACUUUUGGAUGGGAAGGUUUCUUCUGAUGUAAAGAGGCUGACAGCUGAGAGCCGAGGCCAGAUCUUAGGGGAAAAACCUCUAGAAAGAAGCUUGCAAGAUUCAUCAUCUUCUGUUGCUUCCACAGAUGUUCAUCUCCAGUUUAAUCUUACGGAUACAUUUACAAAGUCUGAACCAUUUGGUGAGUUACCAGAUGUUGAAAAGCCUUUCAAGCAUGAUCCUGCAAAACAAGAUAGAUUUGAGCAGUUUCUCAAAGACAAAUAUAGAGGGGGUUUACGAUCUACUAAAUCAAGCCUAGCUGGUGAUAUGUCAGAGGCUGCUCGUGCUCGAGAGAGACUAGAUUUUGAGGCUGCAGCUGAGGCAAUAUUAAAAGGAAAGCAGGGAAAGGAAAGCAAUCUUGGCAUUCCAUCUUCCAUGGAUUUCAUCACAGGUGGUCUUAUGCAGUUUACUUCUGGAGAAGCAGAGCCAAAGAAAGAUCUGCAAAGUGAAGAUUUGGCGCAGAAGAAGAAGUACCCUAGAAGGGAAGAAUUUCAAUGGCGCCCUUCAGCACUUCUCUGCAAACGCUUUGAUCUCAUUGAUCCUUACAUGGGGAAGCCGGCGCCUGCCCCGCGGAGUAGGAGCAAGUUGGAUUCAUUGAUUUUCACAUCAGACUCAGCCAAAGGCGCCAAAAUAGAAGAGCCUGUUCUUUCUAAGAACAUAUCGUAUGUGCAACAAUCAGCUAAUCAAGACAUAACGAAAAGUACUGCUGAAAGCGAAACUGAAGGGGAUGUGGAAGUUGAAAACAUUGAAAGGCCAGUUGAUCUGUACAAGGCUAUUUUCUCUGAUGAUUCAGAUGAUGGAGGUGAAGACCCUAAUCAUCUUAAGAAAGUGGAGAAUCAAGAAAAGAAAGCUGAAGUAGCCAAUACAGCAUUGAGCCGUUUGAUUGCUGGUGACUUUCUAGAAUCAUUGGGUAAAGAACUAGGGCUUGAGGUUCCUCCUGAUAUGCCUUACCCCUCACAAAAAUUCAGGAAUACUGCUUCUCAGGAAGAAAAUAUCAACGAACAUUCAAGAACAAACACUCUAAAGGUUGAACACAACAGUGAGAUGCCACCAAAUCAUGGUUUGCCAUCUGAUCAGGACACUGUAUAUGAGGGUGGACCCUCAAAAGGUGACGUCAUUCAUGCAAAUAUGCUUGAGAGUGGUAGCACAAAAAUCAAUGCUACUGGAAUCUAUGACAGUAAAUCCGGUAAGUCCAAUGGGGAGAGCUAUAAAGAUGACAUGAAAAUCAAAUCGCCUUUACCCCGGGAACAAGAUCAUAGCAGUGGUUCAUCUUCAGAAGAGGAAAGGAAGAGAAAACGCUCAGGUAAGUCUAGCAGGGAUAAACAUGAAGAAUACAGGAAAACUAAAACUCUUUCAACACACCGCCGAGACUAUAGCAGUGGUUCUUCAUCUGAAGAGGAAAGCAGUAGAAAACGUUCCAGGCAUCAUCGACAUAGGAGGCGUACAGAAAGCGAUCCAUCCAGUGACGAUGAAAGGGAUCGACAUGGUUCAAGGUCAAAAGAGAGAAAGAAAGGGUCUUCUCGAGAGAAAAGCAGUCGGAGUAGAAAACGCUCAAAACAUCACAAGCACAGAAGACAUUAAUCUCCAAGUAGAUUGUCUCAUUAUAGCGCAGAUAAGGACAAUGCACAUUCAAAAAGGGAGAAAAAGUGUAGGGGAUGAGCUAGUAGUGCAUAUCUUAUUUUUCAAGAACUUCCUGGAAUUAUGGUAGACCAGACACUGCCAUUUCUGUAUUGAAAAGGUGUUCAAAGUUUUGGUAUUGAUGAUGAUGCUGUCUUGUGCAGUCUCUAGCAAUGCACAUAUUUUGCUGGCUCAAACUCGAGGCUUAUUUUAUUACUAAUAGUUUUUUUUUCCUUUUUUUCACCAGUGUGAAGGAAUGCUGCUCAGUGCUUUGAUUAAAUUUUCCUGAAUCAUCCCUUCACGAAUGUACUAUGUAUAUAGUUCAAUGUUGGCCGGUCUCAGAACUCCUUGGUCUCAGGGUUUUGAUUUAUAAGCUAGCUGAAAGCAUUAUUCACAAAACUCAGCUUCAUGCAAAUCAUGCAUGGCAGCUUCCUAAAAUAAACAAUUUAAAAAGGGAACCUUUCCUUUUCCCCCUGGA